AUGCGCCCCCCCCCCCCCCUGGCGCACCGAUUCCUAAUUACUUCCGAAUCAGUUCAGAAAUCCGACAUCAUGCCUUCAUACAAGGAUUCUGACGAUUACAAGACCUACAAAGAAGGUCUUCUCCAGGGCGGCAAGAACCACCGCAUGGAGGAUCUUCCUCCCUUCGAGUUCAACGAGGCUGGCGAAGUCAAGCUCGCCCCUGGCGAACUCUACUGCCGCUGGGGUGGUAGAUCCAGCAGCAUCACGUGCACCAAGACGGAGCGGUUCUCGAGCGAGUCGAACCUCAAGAACCACAUCAAGAAGCACAAGCUCGACGGGGUCCCGGCCAAGGUUAAGAGCCGCAAGUCCGGCGCGAACUCCGUCGAGGAGAACGAUGAUGCAGCUGAAUUCUACGACCGCAUCCACGGCAUCGCCAUCGGCGCUCGCGAUGACAGCGAGCUGCAGACUCCUUCCAAGAAACGGAAGGCGCAGACCCCUCCCCCCCUUCUUGCCGUGCCCACGCGCAAGCGGGGCAACCAAACUGUGGUAAGUGAUUCUCAAUCGAUCCGGAAUCCUUUUGGAACCCAUUCCGAAUCGAUUCUGCAACAGAUCAACUUCGCCGAAAUGCGUCGCGCCGCCGGCUUCCCUGCCAAGGGCAAGUGCACCCACUGCACCACUGCCCGCAAUGCCAAAUGUCCUCCCGCCCUUCGCGAUCAGGAAUGUGAGGUCUGGGCCCGCUUUGAGGAUGAUGAAGAAGAUGAGGCCUGA